AUGAGCUCCUUCUCCACGAUGUGCAUGCGCCUGAGAGUCCGUCUCUUCCGCGCGGCCAGAGCAGAACGUAUUGAGCCACCCUCCUCACGCACACGCUCGAAAGCUCGCCCCAAGCCCGCCAAACCCAUCAUCACACGAGCGCUCCCCAACAAUCUUCAAACCAAGAGCGGCAGCUUGACUAGAAAACGUACAACGCGAACAAAACAACGCUUGGCAUCUGCGACGCUGUGCAAAAGACGACUGCAGUUGAAGCACUACCUCGAGACCAAUGGCAGAUUCAAGAAUUACGAGAACAACUUGUCGUUUGCUACCCGACAGAGGAUCAAGCAGCUUUCUCGGCUCACGGCAAAGGGCGAGUUACGGGACAUCCCUCCUGCGAUGCUUCCGAUUUGGAUGACGCCCAAGGAGUUGCACGAGCGCACGAUGAGCAUGAAGGUGGGGAGGAGUCCGUUGAGGGAGGGGGCCAAGUAUAUUGCAUAG